AUGAAAAAAUAUUUUUUACAUAAUAAUAAUAAUGCAUCAUGGAAUUCGACACAAUUUCCAAUAUCAAAUAUUAUUGAGCAAUCUAAAUUUUUCAAUAACUGUGAAGAUGAAUCGUCUAAUUCAUCAUGUAAUUCUCAAACUUUAGAUAUGAUACGUACAAUUGUUGAUGAAUUAUAUCAAAGAAAUAACGAAGAAAAUUUAUUAAGAAGUGAACCAAAAGAAAAACGUGUUCGUUUUACUCUUAAACAAGAAACAGAUAAAACAGAAUCAAUUAUUUCAAAUGAAUUGGAAGCAACUGAAACAUUAAUUAAAAAUACUUUCGAAAAAGAAAAAUCAUCAAUCAAAUAUCAACCAGUUUUAUCGGAUUCUACGACAGUUGUCUGUUGUAUAAUUAAAGGCCGAUCAAAAAUUGAUUGUAGUGUGUCAACAAAUGAUCUUCCUUCUCUUCAGUGUGAAUGUGCUACACAAACAAUGGAUAUAAUAGUCUUUCCAGAAUGUAAACAUUCAUUAAUGACAUUUUUAACACCCAAUGAUGAUCAAUCAAUAUCAUCAUUAAAUACAGCUCAUCAAUUAAUAAUACCAACCCAAGCAAAACAUUAUGAUAUAUGUCAAGAACAAAUAUCAGAUAGUUAUAAUACACUCAUUAAUUAUACGAUUAAUGCUUUGAAUUCAUCAUCCAAACUAAAAGAAAUAACUAAAUUAGAUAAUGAUGAUACAUUAUCGAAAUCUAAUAGAAAGUUUUCAGAUGAAAAUAUAACAAAAGAAAAUGUUAAACUGUGUACAUGUUCAAAACGAAAACUAUCUGAUAUUCAUAUCUCUAUGUUAAAAUUUGCUUUUUCUAAUCAAGAUAAAUUACUUAAAGAACUACAUUUAUCGAAACAAUCUCUUCAAUCAAUGUAUAAUGAUGGUCUCUUCUAUGUUCAUGAUCUUGUAUUAAUUUUUCUAAGAAAUAUUUCUCAAUUUUAUCAAAUACUUGUAAAACGUUAUUAUUUAACAAAAAAACAAGCCAAUUUAUUCGUAAAAAUCAUGAAUAAAUGGUGGAAAAAGCAUCGAACGAAAUUUAUUGAUACAAAUGAAAAAUUAUUAAAAAGUAAUAUUAUCAAGUGA